AUGCGCCCUGAAGCUACAGCGCAUCGCGUUUCGUUGUGUUGCGUUGCGUGCAGGUGCAUUCCCUCAAGUCAAGUACCUAAUUCCGUACAAUACAUGUUGAAUGCUUACGUCAAUUUAACGAUGAAAUCAUUUUGUACUUGUUACACAUCUACAACUUCGCUUUCUACACAAACCACUUCCAACAUUUUGUCGCAAUAAGGUCCAUCAGAAAUACCAAGAUAGCUACCUGCUACCUAAUUACCCAUGGGCUGAUUAGAUUUCCCACAGUCCUCUCUCGACGAGGAUCAUGACGUUCCUGACUUAUACAUAUUCAGCGGCCAAACGCCACCGGCUACAUGUAUAACCAACAUGUAUAACCAACAUAAAAUAAUGAGGAGACUAUUAGGUCGCCAGAAUCCCGAAUCUCCUGGUGACGGCAAUCUCGGUGUCACCAGCUCGCCAGUUCCCCAGCUCUACCGACCUAAUGCCUCCCAAGACGCCGUAUAUUCUUCCUCCGUACCCGUAGCCUGUCUCGACAGAUCCGCUGAUGGCCAGACUGCCGUGCUGGGCGGUCGCCAUAUACUGAAAACAAUUCAUUUCGAUGGUCUUCAGAUCAAGGAGGGUAUUGACGUCCGUUCUAUCAUUACCGCGCAAUUUGCAAACAAGAGCAAUGCUGCGACAAGUUUAGUUUCCGACCAGCUUUCGAUCAAGGAUGUAAAGUUAGCCUCUAACCAUGGCAACAAUCUCACCUUAUUCACGGCGUGCGCCAAUGGAAAAAUCUUUAUGUACGAUGUCAGCCGGUUGGGGCUGGGUGCUCCCCUGGAACCUAUUCAGACUAGGGAAGAUUCGCGACAGGUGAAUACUCUCGAUUUCAACCCGCAUCGGGGAACGUGGCUGUUAUCGGGAGGCCAGGAUGGCACGGUACGCUGUUUCGAUGUGAAAGCACCCAUAACAGGACGAAGCGGUCCAACAUUCCGCACCUUCCAGGCUUUCCGCUGCAAUGCCGAUGGGGUUAGCGAUGUGAAGUGGUCGCCCAAGGACGGCAUGGUUUUUGCUUGCGCCACAGAUUCCGGGGUCGUCUUGAAAUGGGACGUUCGAAAAUACAAUGCGCCUUUAUUAAAAAUAAAUGCCCACGAUACCCAGAAGGGAGCAUCGUCUAUCUCGUGGCAUGCAGAUGGGGAUCAUCUGAUUAGCGGAGGGUUGGAUAGCAAGUGCCAUGUCUGGGACUUGUCCAAGAAUGCGGAGAAGAGACAAAAGCCUAAGUGGACGAUCAACGUCCCAGCUCCAGUUACCACCGUUGCGUGGCGACCCGGUCUGUGGUCCGCUACUGCACAAGGGCGCCGAGCCGCCCAGGUUGCCGUAUCAUACGAUGAAGGCGGACGCGUUAAGAAGUACGGCAUCAGCUCCGUGCAUAUAUGGGAUUUAGCACGCCCGACGAUGCCGUACAAAGAAAUCGACAUAUUUGAGAGUUCACCCAGCGCUCUGCUCUGGCAUAACCAGGACCUACUGUGGACAGCAGGUCCCGAUGGCUUUGCGCAAUGCGACGUUGCAUUCGCCCCCAAGGUAAUGGAUCGCCAACCCCUCUCAAAUGUCGCUUUCUCUGCCAGGGGUGAGGCGCUUAUGUUUCUUGAAGAGAGAGUGCAUUUGCCUCGACCACGUCCGACAGUAAUUGCACAUAAAGGGUUGCCUACUUCGUCCCACAGUUCCAGUCCUACUGGGCAGAUGCUGAGCAUCAGUCGUAGCGACUCGGAAGAAGAUGUAAUCGGUAGCUUCCUCGGCACAAGACGCAAUGUGCCCGAGAAGCGACGAGUAAACAAUAAAACAGCUAGUACUUUAAGUACAACACCUCCAUCUGGUCCUGGCGCAGAGGACCAAGUUAUCCCGUUAGAUCAAGCCAUGAAGAUAACAGGCCCGUAUAAGCCGCACCAAAUCAUGGCAAUUGGUCAAAUACCCGCCGCCCCCAAGUUGCAUAUGUAUAGUUAUCUAUCCCGACAAUACCUUGAGAUUAUCAAGCAGGAUCUUCCGCAUGCCGAGGGCGAUCGACCUUUAAAUGAAAGGGUUGCAGGAAUCCUCGAAAGGUAUGCGCGAGCUUCCGAGAGUGUCAGUCAAUUUCGACUCGCACAGACAUGGCGAAUAUUAUCGUAUGCCAUUGGUCUACUCUUAAGCCGCAGGUCUCAAUACCACCUAAAGCAGCGCCAGGUGCGCCGUGAGAAUUUAUUAUUGAAUAACGAUAAAGACAUCCCGCAUAUUCGAUUCGCAUUUUCGAAUGGGGACGCGUCCCCGCGAAUAGGAAUUGACGGGGAAGACACUCCGAGAAAGCCACCGUCCGUGUCAUCUCUGGAGAGUCGUCACCCCAUAGGGAAAUCAUUGCUCACUGAGGAGAUAGAUAGCGAGUCUAACUUACCUACACCUUUAGCUCUCCCUGUCAAAGAACACGCAAGCCACAGCCACGAACACGGUUCGAGCAAGAUGCUGACUCCAGUUCUAGAAAUGGAAAGUUUUAAUUUGCCACCUUCUGUUCUCCCAGAGGGCCCUAUCCCUCGAAAGAGACUUAAUUCUAGCACUCUUUCAACCUUCAGCCAAGAUAGCAAAAUAUCUAGUACGGAAGGAUAUGAUUUCUACGACAUGGAAGCCAUCGAGAAUAUUCCAAAGGCGAUCGAUGUUCCGAAAAGGAGGGAACCACUGGGUCACGACUAUACAGAACCAAACUCGCUGAACGCACCACGAAGACCCAUCCGGCAGGAUUCGGAUGAGAAUUAUGCACAGUUAUUCUGCUUGUCAGAUACUAGCAGACAAACAUCGUUUCUUACGUGUUCAUCUAAUAGUAGUGCCCAUAUCUCUCGGAGAGUGGAGCAUAUUAGUGAGAGUUUAGGGAAGGGAGAGGGGGAAUACGGAAGUAGAAUCCGAGGUAGACGUAUCGAAGAUUCCCCCGAAAGCGUGAAAUAUCCAAUACGGCAUUCUGUGGAAAGGCAGGAUUCCGAUCUCACAGAUGACUUAAAAAUAUCUCAGGCAACUACGGACACGGUGGACACGAUGGACACGAUGGACACGAUAGACAGCGAUCUAUUGCCAGAAAUCGAGAGCAAUCCCUCGAAACUUGCGACUACUAGAUUACUCUUAGAGGCGAGGCUUGCCCGGGAGCGUACUAUGGUAGAUCAACCUCAAGACCACCCGUCACCCAAUAUCACCGAGACCGACUUUCUCCCUUGGCCAAAUGAUCCCCCUUACCCCCAUCCAUUGGAGGAGGAUGUAAGCCCAAAAAUCCCUAUUCCACCUAUAAACCCAUACGAUAUAUUGUCGCGUGCUCUCGCCUUCGAGUCGAAGCAUUCUGCCCUCAACGCAUCUGCCAUGAUACUACUCUUAAAGCCGCUCGUACCCGACGACGUUAUCGAUUGUUACCAAGCUGCAGCUAUUCUAAGACAGUAUCAUAUGCGUCUUAUGAGUAUGAAGCUGUUCGUUGAAGCCGCUUUGCUACGUAAUCUUUGCGUUCAGGGUUGGCCCGAUGGUCUCCAAACCUGGGGCGAGAAUUAUACUUCAAUUUUUGCACCGGCGCAAGAUCGUGUCUCAGCUGCUUUCACAUGCUCGAAAUGUCACAAGCCACGCGAAAUUGACCGCUCGGAUACGAAGGGCCCUGGAAUAUGGAAAUGCGAACGUUGCCGCGCCGUGAUGGCGCCUUGUGCUGUCUGCGGACAUCGAGACGCAACGGCUGAUCCUCUUCCACCGUUAACAAUCUCGGAAGGCUUAAUAGCAACCCCAUCGCGUCCCUCCGAAGACCCGAUACUAUCCACAUGGUGGUACUGUCCUGGCUGCUCUCAUGGCGGCCAUGCAAAUUGUCUGCAGGAUUGGCACGCCCCUAUCGCACCCAAAAUAUUACCCUCUCCCGUCUCGUCUACAUACCCAUUGGACAGCCUCUUCCCCGAAACAAACAGUGACGGUUGUUGCCCCUUCGACGGCUGCGGCCAUGCCUGUCUCCCCGGGCGCUGGCGCAACGAGAGCAACGCCGCACGCACAGAGGAAUUAGGCCGCGUCGUCCGCGAACAGACGCGAAACUCCAUCAGCGCCGGCUCCGGAACCGGACCCAAACGCGGCGGCACCAGGGAACGAGCAUCCAGCAACGCCAAUGCCUCUUCUAUCGCGUCGACGCCGUCCGGCGCCAUCCGCGGCGACUCUAUCGAGGUCCCGCAGAGUAGAGCAGUCGACAGUGUGCGGGAGGCGCUGUCUACGCUCGAGGUCGCCAGCGCGAGCGCGAGCGGCGGCAGCGGGAGUACCGGCGGGAUAUUCGCGGGGAUCUUGAGUUCGAGUCCCGCACGCACGCCCGUCGUGGGGAGUGCGAGUGGGCCGGAGCGGAGGAAGAGCGUUAAGUUUGCGGGGCCGCCGGAGGAGAGGAGGUGAUAGGUAAAUUAGGUACUGUUGAAGUUAGGUGUAUAUAUGAAUGUAUGGGGAAGUAACUAUCAACCUUAGGUAGUUGACGGAGAUAGAGGGCGUUGCAUUAGUAUUGGUGUUGCAUCAGCAUUAAGCGGAGCAUAUGGUUGGCGGCGUAGGUGUAGGAGGGAGGUUGUGGUUUACUUAUACCUUCAGGGGAAGACGAUCGGACAGACACCUGUACCGGCUUCGAGUGCUUGGAUAGGAGGUAUAUACCAGACCAUGUACCUCCCUAUGAAUAAUAACAUUAACGGGGACAACUACCUAACCUACCUCCUAUUGAAGCGUUUACUUUAAUGAUUCGAAUGAUUGUUCCAAGCGCAAGAGAAAUAA